UAACAUAAUGAAAAUGAAUCUUUGCUCCUUUAGCGUUUUACUAUUGCAUUUUGCAGUACUUAUUCCAAAUCAUAUAUGUGUUGAGAGCAGAAAUGUGGAUUAUUCUAGUGUAAAGGAAUUUAUAAGUAGGGAUGAUGAUAAAUCACCUCAAGGAACAAGAUGGGCUAUUCUUCUUGCUGGUUCGGAUGGUUAUUCGAAUUAUAGGCAUCAGGCUGAUGUAUGCCAUGCAUAUCAAGUCUUAAAAAAAGGAGGAUUAAAAGAUGAAAACAUAGUAGUUUUCAUGUACGAUGAUAUUGCGUUCAAUGAGAAAAACCCUAGACCAGGUGUUAUCAUUAACAAUCCUCGCAGUGAGGAUGUUUACCAUGGAGUUCCAAAGGAUUAUAUCGGAAGCGAUGUAAAUGUCAAUAACUUUUUAAACGUUCUUCACGGAAAUAAGUCUGCUCUUACAGGCAAAGGGAGUGGAAAAGUUGUUUCCAGUGGUCCUAAUGACACAAUCUUUGUUUACUAUGCUGAUCAUGGUGGUGCAGGUGUACUCUCUAUGCCAGGCGUAUUUUCGGAGCCCUUGUAUGCGAACGACUUUAAUGAUGCAUUGAUAAAAAAACAUAAAACCGGAACAUACAAAAGUAUGGUGAUCUAUCUUGAAGCCUGUGAAGCGGGAAGUAUGUUUGAGGGCUUACUAAAACCUAGAAUGAAUAUAUAUGUAACGACAGCAUCGAAUGCUCACGAAAGCAGUUGGGGAUACUAUUGUCCUGAUGAUGUUCCGGCUGCUCCAUCUGAAUAUACUACUUGUCUGGGUGAUUUGUACAGUAUUGCUUGGUUAGAAGAAAGUGAAAAACAUAACAUGAAGACUGAAUCUUUGGGGAAGCAAUUUGAAGUGGUGAGAAGAAGAACUUUGUACGAAAUUUCAGAUAAUGGAUCACAUGUAAUUCAAUAUGGAGAUAUUAAACAACUUAGAAACCAAAGUAUGUAUACUUAUAUUGGUACGAAUCCAGAAAAUGAUGAGUACAAGUUUUCAAUAGAAACCAACUCGAAACCGGUUCAAAUGCUAUCCCACACAAGGAAUCAACGUGAUAACGAUCUCAUUCAUUUCCAGCUACAGUAUCAAAAUGCUCCGGAGGGAUCUGAAAAGAAAGCUAAAGCUUGGCAGAGAUACCAAAAUGUUGUGCAAGAUAGAAAUUAUGUAGACGGCAGUAUGGAUCUCAUUGGGAAGUUUCUAUUUGGAACAACCGAGAUGGCGUCCGAGGUGCUGAAGGCUGUAAGACCUUCUGGACAACCUGUUGUUGAUGACUGGAGUUGUUAUAAGACAAUGGUGGAAGCAUAUAAGAAAAACUGUGGAACAUUUUCUCGAUAUGGAUUGAAAUAUAUGCGAAGUUUAGCAAAUAUGUGCAAUGCAGGUGUUAAACCAGAGAAGAUGGCUCAAGCCUCGGACUAUGCUUGUAGUACCCUUCGUAAGAGCUCUCUUCAGCACUGAUUACAUAAUCAGUCCCAGAUAUCAUAGUUGUUUCUUUGUCUUUUUAAAGAAUAUUGGUGUAUAAGUGUAUCAUUGUCUUUUUAAACAUCAUACAGUAGUAUUUAUUUAGAAACCUAUUAUAGGGGUUCCAACAAAAAAAUUUUGAGGGCUCCUAUGGAUUCAACUACCCGAGAUGAAGAUAA